AUGUGUAGCCAUCAGCUAGAAGGUACCAUGUCUGAACUUCAGGCACUCAGGUUAGAAAAUGCGCGGUUAAAAGAGCAACUGGCCAGAAGAAAGGAGAAUAGUAGAGACUAUCCACUAUCUUUGGAAGAGUACCAACGCUACGGUAGACAAAUGAUUGUUGAAGAAACAGGCGGUGUAGCAGGCCAAGUAAAAUUGAAAAGUACGAAAGUUUUAGUAGUUGGUGCUGGAGGUCUGGGAUGUCCUGCCUUGCCCUACUUAGCGGGCGCUGGGAUAGGUCAGAUCGGCAUAGUAGAUAAUGAUGUGGUAGAAACUUCCAACCUGCAUAGGCAAGUUCUUCAUGAUUCAAGUAGGGUCGGUAUGUUGAAAUGUGAAUCUGCCAGACAAUCCAUCACGAAACUGAACCCACACAUCAACGUUGUUACUUAUCCUGUCAGAUUGAACUCCACUAAUGCAUUCGAGAUUUUUGAAGGUUACGAUUACGUAUUAGACUGUACGGAUUCUCCAUUGACCAGAUAUCUGGUUUCCGAUGUUGCUGUUAAUUUGGGAAUAACAGUAGUCUCAGCAUCCGGUUUGGGAACAGAGGGCCAGCUAACUAUAUUGAACUUUAAUAACAUAGGGCCAUGCUAUAGAUGCUUUUAUCCGACACCUCCACCACCAAAUGCAGUGACUUCUUGUCAAGAAGGUGGUGUGAUAGGCCCAUGCAUUGGACUAGUUGGAACCAUGAUGGCUGUGGAGACUAUAAAGCUCAUCCUUGAUAUUUACACCGAUAAGAAUUUCAAGCCCUUCUUGAUGUUAUAUUCAGGUUUCCCACAGCAAAGUCUGCGUACUUUUAAAAUGAGAGGCAGACAAGAGAAGUGCUUGUGCUGUGGCAAAAAUCCGACAAUAACAAAAGAAGCUAUCGAAAAGGGCGAAAUCAAUUACGAAUUGUUUUGCGGUUCGCGAAACUAUAACGUAUGUGAGCCUGAUGAGAGAUUGAGUGUUGAUGCAUUUCAGCAUAUUUACAGCGAUGAGGAUUUUUCAAUCAAACACAUCUUUCUUGAUGUUAGACCACCCCACCACUAUGCGAUAUCUCACUUCCCAGAGGCAAUUAAUGUCCCUGUUAAGAAGUUAAGAGAUAUGAACGGUGAUCUUGAGAAACUUCAAGAUGAAGUCCCCAAUGUAGGAAGGGACAGUAAUAUAGUCGUCCUCUGCCGUUAUGGUAACGACUCUCAGGUGGCUACAAGAAUGUUGAAAGAUAAGUUUGGAUUUACUAAUGUAAAAGACGUGAAGGGAGGUUACUUCAAGUAUAUAGAUGAUAUUGAUCAAACCAUUCCUAAAUAUUAG